UUUUUGCAGUUAAUAUUGUUUAAAAUAUCCAAUCUACAAAAACUGAUUUGAUUCCUGAUACAAAACUUUUUGUAUUUUGUUAGCUUUAUAAUGCUGUUCUUAAAUGAAAAGAAACACUGAGUUACCCAAAGUAAAAUAAAAUAAAAAUAAAUGUGCACUAAUUAUGUCCCGUCAUGAAGGUGUAAGCUGUGAUUUUUGCAGCAAAAGUAACUUUGGUGGUAAACGCUAUAAAUGUCUUAUUUGUUUUGAUUAUGAUUUGUGUUCAACCUGCCAUGAUAAUUGCACAACUACAACAAGACACUCUUCUAGCCAUCCGAUGCAAUGUAUAAAUACAAGGUCAGAUUUUGAAUUGUUUUAUGGUGGUGAACCAUCUGUUUCAUUAGAUCAGCAGCCAUCGUCGUAUUCUUUUGUUUGUCCACAUUGUGGUAAGCUUGGCUUCAGUGAAACCCUUCUUUUUGAACAUGUAUCAGAAUCUCAUGCUAAUGCAACAAUAGAAGUAAUCUGUCCAAUAUGUGCAGCACUUCCAGGUGGUGAUCCUAACCAUGUGACAGAUGAUCUUGUCAAUCAUUUGUCUAUUGAGCACAGAGCAGAAUCAAGAGACAGAGAAAUGGAGGAACCUUUGAGUAGGAAUAUUCGAAGACUUUUUCACCCUACAACUCGAAGUGUUCAGCCUCCUCGUUCACGGCGUGGUGUUUCACAACUCUCAGCUAAUCUCAGUUCAUCUUCUUCUGAAAUUAAUGCUCUUUCCAAUGAAAAUGUCAAUUAUUCCUCAGCUCGGGAAAGUAUUGAUCCUAUAGCUGAGUUACUAACCCAGUUGUCAGGAGUCAGAAGAGUGGCACAGCAGCAGUCAGCAGCUAUAUCCGCUUCUCAUCUGCAGCUUUUACAACAAAAAUUGCAGUUUGAACGUCAACAGGUUCAGCAGGCUCGUGAAAGGUUAGAACGGUUGCCAAGGAAACAGCCUACUCCUACAUCGACUACAGCUGUAACUAUUACAACAAAAAAAACAACGAAAGCAGAAACAAAUACCUCUAGCAAUGAAACUUCUAAGUAUUUGCUAUCUCAGUAUUAUUCAGAAAUAAGUUCAAAAGAAAGAAACGACGAAGAUAUCGAGGAGCAGCAAAUGCAAAGUGAUUUUACAAAAGACCUCGUAUACUCAUUAAUUUCUCCGGAAAUAUAUGAUUUUGAUAUUUCGGAAAAAUCUGAUGAAAUUAUUGCACCCUCCAAUUCUAAUCAAAACAGCAUUUUUAGUAGUGUUGGAUCUUCUGAAAAGAAUAAUUUAUUCGAAAAUACGAUAGUCAGUGGUUUGCGCGUAUCUACAGAAAGUUCUUUAAAUUCCAACUCCCCUCAAGAAUUGUCCCUCAAAAAACAGUGCUCCUCUGUUGAGGUUUUUCUACAAGGAGAUAAUAAGAACGACUCAAAUGAAUCAGUUUCAUAGUGUUUAUUAAUUUUGCUAUUGUUUUAAUGAAAUCGAGUUGUAACUAAGAUCCAAUUUGCUACACAAUCCAACUUGACUUAAUACUAGUUAGAAUAAAUUCAUUGUUUCACUGGAUUUGUGUUUUGACGUCUUGGUUGUUUAGGAAGUUAAAUAUUUUUUCUUGAAUCGUUUUCUUUGCAAAUAAAUUUUUAACGGACAAGACAUUUUAACGGAAUCUUUUGUGUAUUUUGUGUAAUUAAGGUAAAAUAAUUUCGUCUCCCUUUCUAUA